UUUGUGAAUUGUGUUUAUAUGUGGUUGAUAUUAUCCAUCCAUUAUCUAUUUACCGGAUGUCUGUUCAUGUUGCAAAAGAUAUUCAAUUUUCACGAUCCUAGCAAGUAUUUUAUUGCUUUGUCGGCCAUUUGCGAGUGUUCUGAUAUUUGUGCUGUAAGCAGUAAAGAACGUCCGCCAUCAUUCGCCUUCGCGUUUUCUCAAGAUGUUUUCUUUCUGAAGUCAUAUUGAAGUUGAUUUAAGUCGUUUUUAUCUGCCCAGGCCUUAAAAUGGAACUACCCGCAGGAUGCAAGAUGAUGAAAGUCCAAGAGAUAUGCCAUAGCGGCUUUCUUUGGAGUUUCGAAUUUCUAAACUACGCGGACGCGUCAGAGAAUAAGAAGAAGCUACAUUUUAUGGAAGAACACCUGAAGUUGAAAUUAUGGCAGAGACCUAACUUCCACACUAAUUUCAAUGAAAAUCAGUUUGUAGCGGUCGAAAUAGAGAAAUUACGUAGAGUGGUUCGAGGAUACGUGCUUUCCGUCACCCAUGAUAGAACAGGGGACAUGUACCAAGUGUUCCUGAUCGACUACGGCAGCAAAGAGAAUGUCCACUCUCGAGAUUUAAGGAUACUGCCUGAUUACGCUAGUGUUGAAAAAUUACCUGCUCAGUCGUGGAGAAUCGGCUUGUACGGAGUUCUACCAGUUCAUUUAGAAUUGGAACUAGGAGGAUCUGCGAAUAAAACAGUUGGAGAAGCUUGGAACGGUAAAGAUAUCAAGUUCAUGGAAGAUGCGCUGUCGAAAGCCGAUGUAAUCCAUUUCGAAGAAGUCAUCAAACAUCAAGAAUAUCGAUUUGGAUACGUUCAUUUGAAACGUCCUGGUACUCGAGAAAACACUACUCUACAAAAGUUACUCGUUGAAGAAGGUUACGCGGUUGAAUCUGAAGAUUUUAAUAAAUAUAUUCCUUCAAUUGUGAGACGUAUACGAACAACUCAAGACCACAAGUCUUUUCCAACCGGUGAUCCGACCGAUAAAAGUGAUUCUGUCGAUGGAGUGGAAACUCCAGUAAUUGCAAGUAAAUCCGAUCAGCCUCAAACAACUGAUUCGCCGUCGUCGAGUUCCAAAUCAGCACCCGCAGCUCCUGAAAUAUCUCCUAGCUCGGCACCCUCGUCUCAGAUCAAGGGAAGGGGUAGAGGUGAACUUCUACAGAAAUUGAAGAUCGUGAAGGCUCCUCCGCCUGAACCUGCUCCGAUGGUUGGAAGAAUUCCGAUGAAUGAAAUCGAUCAAUUCGAAGAUUCUCUCGAUUCGGUUUACCACGACGCGAUUAGUACAUCGAAGGCAGAAUCAUCUCGAAGAGAUUCGUUUAGCUCAACCGAGUUUCACACUCCGAAAAACAGUACACCGUCUUCAUCCAGACGCCAGUCAUGUAGUUCGAUUGAAAUAAUAUCCGAUACGAAUCAGCCUAAAAUUGAAACCAUUUCUUUAAUUACACCUCCUCCGAAUGAUCCUGCGAUAUUAUCUUUCUCUCGUAAACGAAACGUUGAGACUAUUGAUUUAACCUCAUCACCGCCGACUGUAUCUCUAAUCACACCGUCGCCUUCUCCGCACAGUAACCUCGCUGAUGAUAGCUGCUCAGAAAAUUCACCUCAAUCGGGAUCAGUUGAAAAACCAGCAAGAGGACGGGCUGCUAUAUUAAAAGCUGCGAUAUCAUCGAUGUCAAAUGAAUCCCAGUCCCCAAAAAGUGAUAUUUCUGAUCGCAAUUUGAGUGAAAAAUUAUCUCGUCUUCUGAAAAUAGAUAGUACACCGAAACCAGGGAGUUCUCGUGGUCGAGGCGCGUUGAAAGAUCGUAUAAUCAGUGAUUCGUCGUGCUCGAGUAGAAAAAGCUCCAUCGAUAGCACAGCAUCGGCUGAACCAACGCCAGUUAAACCAUCUUCUAUCGAUUUCGCCAAUGACAUCGUCCCGCUGAAUACGGUGCCUGUGACAUCAGUUCCCGAAGAACAAAUAGUGGAUGAAGUCGCUCAAGACGAUAUGUUUUGCGAAGAAGAAGAUUUCAACGAGAAAUUAAUUACUCAAAUAAUGGUCGUGGGUGAUGAGGGAGCUUGCCGUUUCAAGCCUAAAUUCGCUAUCAAUGAUUUUGAUCUUCACCCCGAUGUUAAAAAACGUGCUGGUCAGUUACGUCUCACUGAUUUAAUUCGUAGUCAACGAUACAUGAUUCCUGCGAUGCUAACUAGAAGAAACGUAACGUUAGUCGGUCCUUCAAGAGGAGGUAAAACCGUAUCGUGUUUAAUCGCAUUGUUUUCCCUUUUGAAAGAGAAGAAGUUCUACAAAGCGCUGCCUGUCGGACCUGGUCCACGAGCCAUAAUAUUGUGUCCGUAUUCGUCUCAAUGUGAAAAUAUUGAACGUAUAUGUAACGAACUUAACAAAUCUGUUGCGUCAAUUUCAAGUACACAACUGCCAGAAAGAGAUGUUUUGAAACUGAACGUAGCUUAUGGAUGUGGUAAAGAAGCGGAAAAAGAUAAAUUGAAUGAAUUAACUCAAGGAUACGAUAUCGUCAUAUGCACUCCUUCGUGUUUAUUAAGACUUCUGCAGACACCAGAGAUGAUGAAUUUCAAAAGAUUAUGUCAUUUGGUGUUAGAUGACGCUGAUACGUUGUUUAAAUCUUACACAGAUGAGAUCAUCGAAAUCUUACAACAAGCCUACAGCUCUGGUAAAAUAUGCGAAAACGGUUUAGUUCUGCCCCAACGUGUGAUAAUUUCUCGAGAAUGGAUUCCGAUGAUCAAACAGUGGGUACAAAAAGACGUCACCGAGCAACGAGGUAUCCUGUUGAUGGCUUCGUAUUCCGAAGCAGCUGUUUUUUGCAACGUUAAGGCUAUGCUUAGACGAAUCGAUGACGAAGAUAAGAAACGAAACGAUUUGAUAAAUUACUUGCAUAUCGAAGCUCCGCAGAAAUCCACUGUCGUAGUGUUCAAUAACGUCGAAGAAAUGAACGAAGUUUACACGUGGAUAAAAUCGAAAUGCAUGCGACCUUUGUUCAAAGUUGGGUAUAGUCUUGGCAGUGCUGAAGAUAUCGUCGCCAAUUGGAAAAGAUCAUCGGAUGAGCAGCAGUACCCGAUUAUAUGUUGCACCGAUAAUACUCUCCAUGAUUUGAAUAUUUACAUGGCUAAUUCCUUGAUCCACUACAAUUUACCUACUAAAGAACGAGGAUACUUCACCGAAAGAUUCAGCGUGUUAUUGCAUAGGUUGGCUGGUCCACCGGAAUUCUACACACCUGGUAAAAUGCCUUCGACGUUCUCAAAAACAGACACGUUGAUUUAUGUCGGACCCAACGACCAUUUACAAUUCCCUACCGUGAUCAAAUUAAUGGAAAAAUUACGUAUGAAAAUUCCCGAAGAAUUGAAAAUUACCGCGAAAGAACUACUUCAAGCCAGAGAGUUGGAAAAAGAUGGUAAUAAGUUAUGCGAAAAUUACAAGAAGUUUGGACAAUGCUCGAAUGAAAGAGUAUGCCCAAGUAGACAUUAUUUUUCGAAAUUGUACGACGAACCAGCUUCGGAUAUCCCUCGCGAAGGACGCGUUAAAAUGCAAAUUCUGCAAGUAUAUAGUGCGAGUCACUAUUGUGCCAGGUUAUUGGAACAUAGUGAUGCACAGGAGAAGAAAUGGACUCUUAUAAAACCUCCGAUCCAUCCGGGAGUGUUGAAUGCGAAAAUGAAUAUGUAUUUUUCCAAUCGUGAAAAAAGAGCGAUGCAUCUUUGUCAAAAUGUCGGUGAAGUGGCGGCGAUUGAAACGACCACCGAUAUGUUCAAAAGAGUUCAAGUACUAGAGUUGGUAAUGGAUGAAAAAUUCGAUGAAUUGAGAACCGUCAAAGUUAAAUUUAUUGAUGACGGAAGGAUCGACGAUGUUCGGCCAUCUGUGUUGGUUAAACUCCCUCCAGAAUUCGCGGAUGUUCCAUCGACCACAGUUGAUAUAUUUCUUUGCAACGUUUUACCGGUGGAUCGAGAUGUUGAAUGGGGUGACAUAAUCACCCACAAGGUGCGAGAACGAAUACUGAUGAUGCAAGAUAGCGAAGAUGUCGAUUUCAUCGGCGAGAUUAAAUUAGUAUCCGGUCGAGAUGUAUGGGUUGAUCCGUUAAGAUGCGAUAAAGUAUACGACAGACGUAAAGAUAUAAUUACUAUCGUAUCUUCAAUGUGCAGAGAUCUGCUGAACAAGAGGGUGGCUGUCGAAAACCCCAACCAUUUGCCGAAGCUUUUAUCAAUGUAUCAAGAAGCUGGUCUUCUCGAACUCCCUAAAGCCACUAUUCAAUCGACUACCGAACCUUCUGUCGUUCAGAAUAACGCUGCUUCUACAUCCCUUCCUAGUGAAUCGGAAAAACCUUCUUGCCAACCGAACUCUAUCGUCGAAGCCCUUAACGAAUCUAGUUCAUCCGAUUCCACCGUAAUCCAGGAUCCGUUGAACGAUACGGAGGAUGACAACGUGAACGAUACCGAGGAUGACGACGAGAACGAUAUCGUUCCUAAGACAGUGCCCUACGAAUCAGAAGAAGAAUGGCCACUCGAAGACGAACCGCAAACGCCUGCGGCGCCCAUCCAAAGCAAGCCUGAGGCAAAUUCUAAGCCUAAAUUGAGAAAUGAAAGUGAUUCCGAGUUCGAUCAGUACGAUUACGAUACCGAUUCCAUGCCGGAGAAUGGAUUGCAAGAGGAAUUUGAUUACUAUUUUAAACCCGAUGAUUUGGAUGAUUUAGUUGAAGUUUUAUAUCCUGGUUUCAAACAGAUGAAAAUUUCGGCGAAUAAGGAGAAAUUUUCGAAGCCUAGUAUAGCUGCUGCUGCGCACGAACCCGAAGUGCCUACAAUAGGACAGAUAGCCAAUUCUUGUGUUCCGCAGCAGCCUAUUUAUGCUUAUGAACCAGAAGAUUCGACUAAAUAUAUUUUAAAACCGAGAACGGAGUGGUACCAGGACGCAACUCACGUCUACAUGAAUAUUGCGCUCAACGUUGACGAAUAUGUUAUUCGAUUAACUGCUAAUAGUAUAUAUUUUAGGGCUGUCUACAAUGAAAGAAUUUACGAAUUCGAUGAAAAAUUAUACACGACUAUAGAAGACGAAAAUUCCAAGCACUACAAAAGUAGUGUAAUGAUAGCUGUAAAAAUGGAAAAAGUCAUAAAACUGAAUAAUUGGCCAAGAAUCUUCAAAAACAAAUUUACUUCAGGAUGGAUCAAACGUAGUGUUCAUAUUUUGGACGAGGACUUGGAGGUACCUGAUAUGUGCUGGGAUCAAAAACUUAAUACUGGUUUAGCUCUUAAAACUCCUGAAAUACCGGACGAUUUUAAGUAUAUUAGUAACUACGACACCAAUGUUACGAUAUACCCCGAAGGUUAUGAAGAAUUGCACCUUGACUCAGACGAAGAUUCCGACGGAGUUGGGAAUGAUGAACAAGAUCCAGACGAAUAAAGUUCGUAUUUUUCGUUAUUGUUAAUUUCAUUGAGUUAUGUUUAUUACUAAAAAAAAGUGAUUUCUUUUCGACGAUAUUUAUAAUUUUGUAUGGUGUAAUUUUUGUUGAAUUUCGUAAAUAUUUUUCGGAGUAUCGAAUUGAUUAUUUGAAAUAUGUAUUUUUAAGUUUUGUUUAAAAGUUGUAAUUCGUUUAAGUUGAAUAAGCUACAAAAAUACUUUCAUUUGAAUGAAAAUUUAUUUAGAUUGGUUUAAUUUUAUGCAUUCAAUGUACAGAUUUUUGCAACUGUCGAAUCAUUAUAAUUGUGAUUUAUCUAAUAAGGAUCUCGGUGCUUUGUCAAUAUCGUAAGGGGAUUUCUUUAACAAUACCAAGAAUAAAAAUGUAUUUGUAUUUGUU